AUAAAAUGGAAUAAUCUCUGUAUGUGAGUUCGUGGUUCGUAGACAAAAGAAAGAAAGUAUUGUGCUGUUACUAUGUGUACAAAAGCAAGUCGAUAAUAUAAUACCAGGCGAUACCAGACCAGCUACCAAAGGAAUAUCUGUUUGAACCAUUUUGUUAUCACUGAGAUUAGAGUAACCUGAGCAGCAAGUGAAAUCAUAUUCGUAGCCAGUCUGGAGUUGUUGCGUUUAUUGCAAUUUUUGCUACUUCUACAGCACCAAAGCGGGUUUGCUGCGUAUGGAAGUGUCUGUGUGAGGAUUCCGAGUUGCAAAGGAGGAGAGACCUGCGUGAAGACGGGUUGGCGUUUAUUUAUAGAACUGCCUUGCUCACUCGCAUGUUGCGAGUCAAAUUAUUGCAACGGUUACUAGAUAAUUGAACAAAGAACGCCAUGCAAGGCGUCUCCAUCAGCAGCAUGUUGGAAAUGCACCAUUAAUCGAAGCUGCUGGCAAUCCAUUACUCGAUUUCGAGCGUGCGUAUGUGAACGUAGUUUGUGUAUGUGUGUAUACAUGUGUGUGAAGGUGUUUGUAUUUGCCACAAGAGAAAAGAAACAUGCGAGAAUGCAACCAUUCGAGCGAUAAGCUUUUGUUGUUAGAAUAUGGUGGAAAAAGUGAUUGCAUCGGCGGUGCGCAGUAAAGAUUAUGAAGUAGAGCAAAAUACUAAAAGAAGAUUACAAUGAGCACCAGGUUUCGGCUGAAAAAGUGCAAUAAUGAUAGUUCCCUAUCUAGUCAUAGAUGUGUGCGCAGGCUGCUAAAAAGUGAAGGUCGCUAAACAAAUUGUAAAGCUAAAGUAAGCUGCAACGUUUGAGCUGUGGAGUGCAGUGGAAAGUGAAUAAAAAGGUCAUAAUUCUACCUUACAAUUAGCAAGAAAGUUAAAUGGUGAAAAAUCGACCAGGAAGUUAUGAAGUGAAAAGUAAAUGUUUGUAUUGCAUCUGUGUUUCUCAAGUUUUCUCAUUUUGUAAUAAGUGCCCGUAAAACAAAUAGAAGUGUGCCACGUAAGUUCCGUUCGUGUGCAUUAGUGCUAGGGGAAACUGUAGUUCACAUUAUAUCAAUAUGUUCUACAUUUCCUUUCAAUAAAAGUGUAAAAGUGGGUAGCAUAAUUGGUUUGCUAAGAGCGUUCUAAUGAUUAUCAGCUAAAUUGCGACAAAUAUUUUCUUGGUCUCAAUUGGGUUACUCUAAAAACUUGGAGAUGUACGCCAGUAAAAGCAUAACCGAUGGAUUACAACAGUGUUGACUAGUAUUCUUUGAUUUAACGGUGUGGAGCACGUUGAUCAGGGCAGAGUGAGGCAUUGUGCAAUAUUUAUGUACAGUGGCCACCAGGACGGUUUCCGCGGUGGAGGUGGUGUAAAACAACGGCCAUUUCGAGAACCAUACCGAACCGUAAGCGACGCAAAGAAAACGCUCGGUUUGAUGUGCACAGAAUGCCCAACACAAACGAAAGCUCGCAUUCCGGCACGACUACGACGGUGGCGGCGGCAGCUGCAGCAGCAAAUGCUGGGGAUGACCUCGGUAGCACAGACGAGGUGAAAGUAUUCAAGGACGAAGGUGAUCGUGAGGAUGAAAAGGCUUCGUCGGAAAAUUUACUCGAGGAAAAAUUUAAUCUGAUCGAUCUUACCGAAAGUGCUGAGAACUUGGUGAAGAAUUCGUCGGCUCGGCAGGACCUCAGCCCUUCUUCAUAUGCACCUGUUAGCCGUUCCGAGCCCACCCCAACUGGUAGCGGUACGGGUGCUGGGAGUGCCGGUACUAGCAGCGCCGGAAAACUAAAUUCACCGGACCAUUCGCCGGGCUUCAGCGGAAUGGGUUACCUUCCCCCGUAUCAGUAUUCGAGCGGAACAGCCAGCGCACUGCAGGCGGCCGGUUCAAUGGGCAAGGGUGCAUUGGGUUUAACGCAAUUUUUUUGCAACGAUGAUCCACUUUCUAACCCACCUCCCGCUCAUUGCGGUAUCCUGCCGUAUCAACUAGAUUCAAAAGCUAUCGGCCUUUCUGCAAGGCAGUCAUUGUACUCGUUUUCCACCAGCCAGUAUCCAUAUCCAUCGAUUCUAUCCUCCAACAUGUUGCCAGUACCGCCAUCAUGGCAUUCGCCUUCCAUGUACUCUACUGCACCUAGUUUCCGCAACUCAUAUCCUUCUUCGCUACAGAUCUACACCACGUUGGCUAGCGAUCUAUACUCGCGCUAUCAAUCCUCGCAGUCGCUGCUUAACUCGGUGCACUCACAUAACGUGCUUAAUCAGAGUCUGCAACAGGUGAAACAGGAAACGGGUCUGGUAGGAGCGGGUGGAAACGGUAUAGGACAAGAUUUAGGGAUUGGACACAACUACAGUGUUCGGCAGCACGUGCAUAGUCCGGGAAGCAAGUCCGCAGUUGUUGAUCUACCGCAGGAGUUAACGAAUCGCUUCGGUCGUGCCCAGAGUGUUGGGAGUACCGGCAGUGGUGGCGGUGGUGGAGGUAGUGUCGGUAGCGCAAUCGGCAACGGAGCUAGCAGUGGUGGAAGUAGCGGGAGCGGAACAUCCAGUGGAGGUUCGAAGAAAAAGUGUUCAUCCGAGCGAGGUCAUCAGCAACAGGUGCAGCCGCAGAACCAGCAACAACCAAACCGGCCACAUAUCAAGAAGCCUCUGAAUGCAUUCAUGUUGUACAUGAAAGAAAUGCGUGCGAAAGUUGUAGCUGAAUGUACGUUAAAGGAAUCUGCUGCAAUAAACCAGAUCCUUGGUCGAAAAUGGCAUUCCUUGUCACGAGAUGAACAGAGCGUGUACUACGACAAGGCGCGACAGGAACGUCAACUACACAUGGAAAUGUAUCCGGGAUGGACGGCUCGAGACAACUAUGGAUAUGGCUCGAAAAAGAAACGGAAAGCGAAAAAGAAGGACCAACUGGGCAGCGAACCACCCAGCAGGCGUAAGAAAAUCUGUAUACGUAACGAGGAAUCUGACAACUACGAUGGAUCGCGUAUGUCGGACGAGUACAUGGGAAGCUAUGGCACAGUGGUGUAAUAAAACACCUCUAACACACCCCCACCUUCCAUGCCCACAGGCCGUCACGAUGAUGCCUCUUUAGAGAACCGGGAGUACCGGCUGCCUAUCCCUAAUAGAAGUAGCACCGGCAAGAGCAACGCAUGACUGCGAAGCUUUACUCAAUAAGACUUCAAACGACACUUUGUAUAUGUGUAGGAAAUAUAAGCAUAAGAUAAAUGAUCGUGUGAAGUAGAGCGAAGCAAGGCAGCCUAACCCAACGAUAGUAAGAUGUCUUUGUAUGAAUUUACGCGGAGAUCGACAAAUGUUUCACUUACCUAAACCAUAUUAACGUACGCCAUCUGUGUGUAUAUCGAUCGACUCUUACGUUAAACUCACCGGAUUUCUUUUACUUUGUCGUACGAUUAUGCUAGGUAGAAAAGACCAUUGGCCAAAGAUAAUUUAAGCAGUAAUGAAGCGAUAUUCUAGAGAAUGCACAUGUUGCAAGUAAUUUAUGUGCAAUUAACAACUCAGAAUGCACUUUUAACAAAAGAUGUGGAUCAUGUACAGUGUGUACUAUUAAUUUCUGUUUUAAGAAAUUAUUACAAAAAUAGUUUAUAAAUGGUACUUAAUACGGUGCCGCAUUAAAACUGGAACUGUAUCAAAUGUAAAAGAAUGUGCAUUUUAGAAUUUGAACAAUAUGUAAAUGCAGUUUAGAUUCAAGAUGAUAAUGUUUUUCGGUUAUACCACCGACGUAGUCGAAUUAAUAUACCAGUACAGGGAAGCCAUCGAUGGCGCAAUAGAAAGGCUAUAUACACUUCUCUAAUUGUGUCUCUAAUGUUUGAUGCACAAGCCUUUCAGAGAGUUUGUCUUUUAUGAAAUAUUUCAUAAGAUGUUUCUCAUCCAGAAUGAAUUUUCGGUCAUUUGAUUUAAUCAUCAUACGAAAGUGUUUGUUGGCAACCAGCACAAAUAAGCUAUAGUCAAUCCAUAAGUCAAUAUCUUCUAAUGGGUAAUGGUUGCAGGCUAGAAUCUUUUUUACAUGCACACAAAGAUGAUUCCCAAUCAGGCUAGAAAGGAUCCUGCUUGAAUAUAAUUAUAUACAUACUAUAUAUAGAUAUACAUAAUAGGUAUUUUUAGCACGUAAGAGACAAAUAAAAAUGUGUAACAAUAUAGCUGAUAGUAAAAAGCCAAAAUGCGAGUAAUAGAACAUGUCAAUGUCAAAUUUCAAAUUGUUUAUGGCAUUUUAAAGCCUAGAUUGCAAUCGGAAGUAGUAGCAGGAGGUUUUAAAACAAUUUAUCGUUUUUGUAAUGGUUUAAUUUUAUUACAUUGCUUUGCAUUGAGAGUAUUCUAAUUGUUUUCUUAACAUCAAAAGUAUCAUUUUUACAUAUUGAUAGCAGGUUUCAAUCCAAUCUCAUUUGCAUCCAAGAGUAAUAUAAACGUGUUUUGUCUAUUUUGUAAAAAUAUUUUCCCCCCAUAAACAUAUCCAUUAUCUGCCGACACGCAGUUAAACAAUGCACAAUAAAAUUCAAUUCGCGCUUUUUGCUUGAGAUAACGUUAAUCGUUAUCACCUGCCAAUUUGGUAAGCGAACGCUUCAGCCAGAACUACGUUAAUUUGUUGGAGAGCGAAUAUUUCGUCAAAGUUGCAGUAGAUAAUUUUUUACAGAUAACGAGGGUGUCGAACUGCCUGUUCGAACUCACCUCUACUCGAUUAUAACCCAACAAUAGAUGAGACCGGAACAAGGCUAAUUAAAAACUUCCGUGGAACCAAGCCGGAGUCCUCUUUCCAUCAUUCAUUUUGAAUACAACCUUUCAAUGAUUACCGUUAGAGAAUAGUUCAGGUCGUUCUUCGCCUUCGCUCUUACGUGGGUGCUACAUGAUGGUCGUGCGCCAUUUUGCUCUCCUAAUUUGGUUGCCAAUCCCUCUGGUUUGCCGUGCUCCAGUUCGGUUGGAUGUUUUUUUGGUUUUCUAUUUUGUAUCAGACACAUAAUCCCUCAGAACCAGCAUUAAACCAGGGGUAAAAGUAAAAAUAUGUGUGUGUAUGUGCCAUGCCUCCGAAUCGGAUAUGAAAUGGUUUCAUUCAGUUCUAGUGCUACCGUUUGCAGCCAUUGGUAGUGUCAUCAUUAGAGCAUUUGCUAAUAAUCGGGUUGCAGUAUGGUCGGCCUGGGCUUGAAACGGACGUAAAUUGCGUCCCGUGGAUUGCGAGGGACAGAUGAAUUCAACCGAAGCUCUGGCUACACAGCAACUAGGGGAAAUUAAAUCGCGUCUUUUGCUGCCUUCGCGACUUGCCCUUUGCAUCGUCAUCAUCAGAAUCGGUUUUAGUGAAGAGUAAUACGCGCAAGAAGCUAUACCAUAGGUAUUGAUAAUAAAUAGAGAUGGAAACAUACCACUUAUUUAAAGCAAGAUGAGGAAAGAAUUGUAAGUAGUGUAAUGGGACAAUGAAUGAAUAAUUUUAAUCUUCUAAAUUAGAAUCUGUUGAGGGGAAACGUAUGUACUUUUCAGCGACGUACACAUUGCCGUGAAGUGACCAAAAAGCCAUAAUGUUAUGUGGUUCGGAAUCCAACUAUGGGAAUAUUUUUGAAUUAACAAGAGUUUUAAAUUUAUUUAAAUAAUUAAGCAGGCAUUAAAAGAAGUUUCGGGGCGUUAUAAUGUAAAAUGCAUGGAUCAAUGUGUGGGAUUUUUUAAAUCAUUACAUUAACAUGAAAAUAUAACAUAUUACAACGCUCGACAUAAUUACACCAUAUUUCAUUAUCUUCUAGUAUGAGAGGAAUGAAUUUGGUUUUAUCUCACUUACUGGCUGGUAAAAAAUAUUUCACAUUCAUUUUGACAAGCCAUUUCGUGUCGUGCAAUGAACAAUAUUAGAGAAUGUGAAAUAACACAAGUGUAUGAUGAGAGUAUUAUUUUCGUGAUGAAUUUACUUGCGAAUGAGUUAUUCAUAGAUGUGUCGUUUCGCAACGAGAGGGUUGCUGCUGCUGGUUUCCUUUCCGGGCAUAGGGCUUUACCCUACUUGUAGGGUUUCACAUACCGUGUCGACGUUCAUGCGACGUCGGAUCAAUGCAGGGGAUGGGUUUAAUCUUUAAAUGAUUCCAAGGAAUGAAGGGAAUCGGUGAGUGCAAUGUAUAUCUUACAUAUACAUACAGGGGCGAGCUCUGAAAAGGGCCAAAACAUAUUUACAAUAGAAAAGCAAACAAAAGCGGAAACUUCUAACAACAACAAUAACAACAACCACAGUGCUCCUUGCACUUCUGCGUAAGGCCACAUUGUAUCAUUUGAAACAAACAGAGCAAGCGAGAGUAAACUGUGUGUGGUAGGAGACACAGUGAAGGUUGUGAAAAAAGGAUGUAAAUAUAAUUGUAAACAAUAGUCUAGGCACAUUCGUGUACUCCUGUUGCCCUGCUUCGUUCUCGGUUCGCAAACACACGGGAACUGAUAGGUAACUUGGAUUUUUUAUCAUCCUUUCGCAUGAUGAUGGAGAAAUACUGCGGAAAGCCUAGCGUGCGGUAAAAUGUAAACCCUCUCUCCUGUUGUUGACGUUUUUGAACUGACGGCAGCAGAGAUGAUCACAUGUGCAGCCUCGUGUCCAAAAAGAAAAUAAAAGUGAGGGAUGAAUGUGUAAUCUGUUCUUCCGGUUGUAAAUGAAGUUAAACAUAAAUUGUGGCAUUGUUAGUAUCCAAUGAGAAUACAUUAAAAGUUCCUUCAAAAUGAAAAAAAAUACACCAGAAAUGCAUACAUCUAUACCGUAGGAGAGGAGAGGGGAAGGUACUGCAAAAGAAUUCUUCUUCUUUGGCACAACAACCGCUGUCGGUCAAGGCCUGCCAGUACCCACUAAUGAAGUGAGCUUGGCUUUCA